AUGUGCCAUACUCGGUUUUUCGAGGCUCAUGGCACAGGAACGCUAAUUGGUGAUCCGAUUGAGGUCGGCACGAUUUUUGAUUGCUUCCAGGGCCACCGCACUGCACUGAGCCCUUUGUAUGUUGGGUCUGUAAAGACUAAUAUUGGACACCUGGAGGGUGCUAGUGGUAUAGCUGGCGUUAUCAAGUCUGUUAUAGUCGUCGAGAGUAGCGUGAUUCCCCCAAAUGCCAACUUCGAGCGUUUGAACCCCAGGCUUGCUGCCUAUUCUUGUAUCGAAUUUCCUCAGAGAUGUGUUGCCUGGCCUGAAGGCGACAUCCGGCGAGUGCCCAUCAACUCAUUUGGAUACGGCGGUAGUAACUGUCACAUUGUUCUCGAUGAUGCAUACAGUUAUCUUCGUCGGCACGGCUUAUCUGGUAAUCACCGGACCGCCGUGGUACCCUCUGAAGCAUUGGAAAAUAGCUUCUUGACUGCUCCACAUCUAAAUUCCGGUUUCACAGCCCCUCAUCAAUCGUUGGGGCUGUCAAAUACCCCGAAAUUGCUCGUGUGGUCAGCUAAUAGCGAGGCGUCUUUGAAGGAAAUUCUCGUUAGAUGGCAAGAAUAUUUCCGGAGAGCUUGCCAGCACAAAGAUCCUACAUGGCUGAGUAACGUCACAUAUAUACUCGACUCGCCACGAAGCAUAAUGGCGUGGAAAGCGUACGCGGUGGUUGAAUCUGCUUCGGAGUUAGUAGAUGUUCAGCAGAUAGCGCCAAAGCCCCAAACGCAAUCUACCCCGAGUCAAGCCCCUCGCCUAGCAUUUGCGUUUACGGGUCAGGGCGCACAGUGGUACGGCAUGGGCCGGGAGCUUCUAGCUUACGAGAGGUUUUCUCGCGUAGUGGAUGAAGCGGAAGCGCUUUAUCGUGAAUUAGGAUGCUCAUGGUCCGUCCGAGAAGAGAUGCUUAAGGACGAAAACGAAUCAAGCAUCGAUGCAGCCGAUAUCUCGCAAUCAUUGACUGCCAUCCUCCAGAUAGGGAUCGUGGACCUUCUGGAAUCCUUCAAUGUCGUGCCUUGUCUGUUGUCGGGCAUUCGAUGGGCGAGAUUGCUGCCGCGUAAAUACGCUGCUGGUAUUCUCACCCGACAGUCGGCACUCCUCUUAGCAUACUAUCGCGGAACCUGCGUAAUGCGACUCAGCAAGGAAAAUGCAAGGAGAGGAGCAAUGCUAGCUGUCGGAUUAUCAGCUGAUGAGAUCAAGCCUUAUCCAGGGCGAUUGCAUAGCCAAAGCAAGUGCUCCAUUGUCGUGGCUUGCGUAAAUAGUCCACAUAACGUUACAGUCUCAGGGCCGGAAUCCGAAGUUCAAAUUUUGCAUCAAGUCCUUCUCUGCGAUAAUGUUUUUGUGCACCGUUUGCGUGCCAGAGUGGCAUACCAUUCUCUCGAAAUGAGAUACAUUGCUAAUGACUGCCUGCGGUUAUUUUCCGGAUUGAAGUCGCCAGCAAUGACAGAAGAUAGCAUUCCUAUGGUAUCAUCUUCGCUGAACUGUGAGGGUGUGAUCGAGGCCCAUCAUUCAACGGGCGAAAGUAUAAACCCGACCCUAUCACAGUGCCAACGAGGAUAUUGGGAUGCUCGAGAUGGGGCAUGUGGGUACAAGAUGAGCGCGCCAGACGUUUACCGCACGUUCAAAGACAAUGGAUUCUACUACGGACCCUCAUGUCAAGGAAUUCAAGAUACCUACCACGACAGCGCCAGUCAUGCCACGACGGCCAUCUGUCUAGAUCGGCCACUGUGUCUCGACCCGGUGCAUCUUGACUACGUGAUUCAUCCGGCGACAUUGGAUGCAAUGUUUCAGCUAACAUUGGUGACAUUGAUGUCAGAUGGCGCUUGCAGCGAUAUCAUGUAUGAGAACAUGACAUUAGAGGACUGGCAUCUUGCAAUUGACCCCAAGGUUACCGGAUCCUGGAACUUACAUUCUGUUCUGCCUCGCGACAUGGAUUUUUUCAUCCUCACAUCCUCGAUAACUGGGAUUUUGGGCCAGGCCACACAAAUCAAUUACGCUGCGGCCAGCACGUACCAAGACUCGCUAGCCCAUUAUCGCCUAUCUCAGGGCGAACAUGCUAUUUCCAUUGACUUGGGGAUUCUCCUCACCGGUGGCUUGCUCUCACAAAGACAAGGGUUAGUGGACAGACUGGUGUCUACGAACCUCUAUGAGCCGAUAUCGGAAGCCGAGAUCCUCGCUUUGUUCGACUAUAUUUGUGACCCAGCGCUGAGCGGCCGGUUAUCUCCCCAAAUAAUCACCGGGAUUGUUCGUCCUUCCCGGGCGGCUGAUAGAGCCCCCAGUCCGGCGUUUCUCCAUCCAACCUGGAGCCUCAGUCUCGCCCUCUCCGCCCCCGAGACCAGCAAUAUCGAGCGUUCAGCAGAAGAGGCUGAUACUCAAGCGUCCCUCAGUCAGGCUGGAUCCGUUGCCGAAGCAGCCGAAAUCAUUGUGCAUACAGUAGCGGGCCGCUUCUGCCGUACCAGUCUGACCCCAAAAGAAAAGUUAGAUCUUGAUGUGCCGUUGCAUGUCGCCGGGGCGGACUCACUUACAGCAGUAGACCUCCGGAAUUGGAUUCUAAAGGAAUUCGCCGUGGAUGUGCCCGUAUUUGACAUUUUGGGGGAUAGUUCGGUGCAUGAACUAGGAUUGACAAUUGCUCUUGAGUGGAAGAAACGGUUACAAUCAUCUGCGGCCUGA